CUAUUCCACACGGCUCUUCAAUAUGGCCACCACAUCGUUACUUGAUCUGCCGGACGAACUCAUCCACAACAUCUUUGUCCACCUGAACGCAUCCUCAGCCACCCACUUUGGACAAAGCUCGAAACGCCUAUACAAGAUCUCGAACACUACCUCACUAUGGCGACACUGGUGCCGCGAAGGCUGGGCCUACUGGGAGGAGCAAGAUGGCAGACCUGUCCCGGAUUACAACCCUCAUUCGCAAACCGAGUGGAAGCGCGCAUACGCCGACAAGGUCACCCAAGACAAGGAGGUCCUCGCUAUCUUCAACGACCUUCUGAGCACUCAGCAGAAUCGUAUGGCGCGCAUGCACGAGAUUGUCGAACACUAUUCAUACAAUGCCAAAGACAUGCUGGUGAGGCAGCUUGGCACGCCUGACGACGCCGAAGAUGUCCUCGCCCGCAGAUACUGGAGUGGUGUUGUUCUUGAGCUGCUUCAUCGCUUCAAAGCCGUGCAGAUAUGGGACAAGAUGCAGUGGCAGGACUACCCACCACUUGAAGAAGCUUUGGGCGCGUUCGAUCUGUUCAUCCAAGGCAGCAGCAGCGACUUUGAGCUGUCCAUUUUGAAGAAAGAGUUGGAUGACAUUGCUCAUGCUAUUGAGUCCUCGGACCCAGAAUGGCGUGAUAAGAACUACACCGAGAAGGCAGUUGCCAUCUCCAAGUACCUGAGAGAGCAUAAUCUCGUGGGCUGCUCACCGGACACUUUCAGCCUGAUGCGGUAUCGUUUUCUCACCCACGUUUUGACACAUCCUACCGAUAAGUCUUCUAUUCCUAUGCAGUCUGUCGUAAUAUUCUGCUGCGUGGCUAUGCGACUUGGACUCAAAGCCUGGCCUUGCAAUUUUCCAGGAAAGAUCCAUGCCGUUAUUGAAUCGCCACACGGUCCAUCAAUCAAGGAUACACGUGCCUCACACAAUCUCCCCGAGGGUGUUGUCUGGAUGAAUCCAUCUGACCACGACGAGAUCAUCACAGAGCAAGCAAUGCGAGACAUGCUCGAUCAAAUGCCACACUACAACACACCGGAGAGCCAAUAUUCAUGCUUGACACGAGCUCACACUCGAGCUUUGGUGCUCAGAACUGGUGUUAACAUUAUCGGAUCCAUGCAAUUCCACAGACCAUCACCAGGUUGGGAGACUCCCAAUAUCGCGUUCUGCGCGCUGUGGAGUCUUAUCUCCAUGAGCCAGGUCGACGCUACAAAGAGUGCAGAGCUGUUCGUACGCCACCAACAUUGGCUCAAGCAGAUAGUAAAUUGGUUUGAGGGCUAUGUUCAGGAUGGACUCUGGCUCGACGAUGCUGUACUCUUCGAGCGUUAUGUUCUGCCUCUAAUAGAUGGAGAGGAAGCAAAGGCCAGACUGUCACAAAUCUUGCAACAGAUUCGGAUUGCAGACUCCAACGCGAAUCCCAUCACUCCUCGUGACGAGCGUACACAUUUGGUCAAGUACAAGGUUGGGCAAAUCUUCAGACACGUCCGUUACGGCUACGUGGGUGCGAUUAUUGGAUGGGAUCCUAGCUGCCAGGCUGGUGAAUUCUGGAUUCAGAGCAUGCGAGUGGAAGAUCUUCCUCGAGGUCGCGAACAAAGCUUCUACCACAUAAUCCAAACCACUAAGACAAAUGCUGAUAUACAAUCACAGNNAUGCGAGGAUGAAUCUCUACGCUACGUCGCCGAGGAGAAUAUCAUGGUACUCGCAGAAGAGCCGUCUGCCAACUUACUAAAACUCGCUGGUCGCUACUUCAAACGCUGGGACCAAGAAAACAAGGUUUUCAUCAGCAACAUCAAGGACGAGUAUCCUGAUGAU